UCUAGGCGCACCGGUUUGUCAAGCGCCAACCAUAGCUCUGUACGUUUCACGCGUUAAUAUGACUACUAGAGGGCCAAGUGCGAGGAUCAAAGGUCAUUGGCGAGUGGUUUACGCUCGUAUGGAAUACUAUGGCCAAGUAUGGUAUCGUGAUUGAUGAUGUCUAUAACUUCGACGAGAUCGAGUUUAUGAUGGGCAUCAUUUUCGCGGGUAUGGUAGUUACGACCUCUGAUGGCCAUGGCAAAGCAAAACUGGCCCAGCCUGGCAAUCGCGAAUGGCCAACUGUGAUCUAGGGAGUCAAUGCCCUCGGCUGGGCUAUCCCUCUCUUUAUUACGGAUCCGUAUCUUAGCCGCGCAAUACCACCUCGCUAAUUGGUACACCGAGUGCAACCUCCCAACUGACUGGCGCAUCGCAACUACUGACAAUGGCUGCACUACCAAUGCGGUUGGCCUAGAGUGGAUCAAGCACUUCGACUACCAUACGGCGCGUCGGACAAAGGGUAAAUACCGGUUGUUGAUUCUCGACGGCUACGAAAGCCACCACUCGACCGAAUUCGAGCUCUACUGCCAGUGUCACGGCGGGACAGGCGGACAAUCCAAUGACAAUUGUAUUCGGGCUAAACUACAUCUGGGCUCUAUUCCGUCAGGUACGGGCAGGCUUGAUGGUCAAGACGUAGCUCAAGGAGCUACGGCAGACCUCGCGGCAGCGAGGUGCAGGAUCUUCAACCCGCAGGGGCCCCCACACGCUGGGCCCCACCCGUGGGUCCUGGCAGGCACGGCGCAAUCGCCGUGACACCUACCCUUCGAAGCGCCAGACAA